CGCCCACGGGGCACCACAAAAAAGAUGGCAGUCUUCCGGGUCCCAAAGAUUAAGUGAAAUUGUCAGUGAGUGUCUUGGGCUUCCCUCUUCUUAUUUUUCUUUUCCUAUUAUUACUCAUACUACUAUUACUGUUUUUAUUCUUAUCGUUAUCCUUAUUUUUACUCCUAUUCUCACUUUUGUUUCUGUUCCUGUUUCUCUACCUAUUCCUAUCCCCUAUUCCCAAAAGAAAGUGCCAUCUUUUUUGUGGUGGGCGUGACGCUACACCCACGCUGGUGACCCCCUGAAAGCCAGACCCCACAUGGCCGCUUUUCUCGGGCAUCCCCAGCAAUGGAAAGAGGCAGGGCAGUACUCAAUGCCAGCCUGCAACUGUCGACUACCGCCUCCCCGAUGACUUGGUGACUGCCGUUUCUUGGGCCCCUUCCCUCCCAGCUAUCAUAUUGCAUGCGCCUAUCUCACUUGCCCACCUAGGUAGGUAGGUACCUACCUAGGUAGUGCAUUCCGUUUGCCGCCUGACGCGCUGCCAGCAAGCCCUUUCCGUUCAUGCCGUGCUGAACAGUCAGGUCUUGCUCCCUCACCUCCGGCUCCCAUCUUAUUUCGUUUCGCAUUCGUCAUCGCAUUCUCCGCCGCUCCGUUCUUCGUCCUCGUCUAAGCCAUUUCCCGGCCGCCCGAGUCCCCUCGUCAGAAGCAGUGUCUCUCUCCGUUUCUCGAGUCCCUAGCAACUACAGACCCGCCCGCCCAGCGAUCGUUGCCUGCGCUCUACGGUGUUGCUCGGGCUUGGGGCUACUUCGGGAACACGCCUUGACGACGUAGCUCUCGGGGGCUCGAAAGGCACUAGGCUGAGGCUGCCAUCAUGGACAUGAAACAGACGGUAGAGGGUGUCCACGCCAUCAGCGGAGGGAACCCAACCUUGGGCGUAUUAAAACUCACCGACUACCACAUCAUCUUUUCCAUCCCGCCCCCGCCAGACAGUCCCUCGCCGGCCCGGCCACGAGAAAACUUCAUCUCCUACCCGAUUAUCAGUCACUGCGCCUUCCGCCCGACCCCGCCCGCCAGCGGCAUCCCGUCGUCGAUUCGCCUGCGCUGCCGCGAUUUCACCUACGUGACCUUCAACUUUCCCGACGAUAAGUCUGCACGCGAGGCCUUCGAAUUCAUCCGCGCUCGCACAUGCAGACUGGGGAGCAUCGACAAACUCUAUGCCUUUUCCUACGAGCCCGCUAGGCCCGAGCGAGCGGUCAACGGCUGGACUCUGUACGAUGCGCGGGAAGAGUUUCGGCGCCAGGGGAUCAGCGCAAAGUCCAGGGACCUGGGCUGGAGGAUCACAAACAUAAAUAAGGAUUACGUCUUCUCUCCCACAUACCCGGAGGUCCUCGUGGUGCCAGCCUCCAUCUCAGACAACGUUCUGAAAUACGCAGCCAACCACCGCUCGCGGGCGCGGAUACCGGCCCUGACCUACAUCCACCCCGUCAACAACUGCGUCAUUACCCGAAGCUCGCAGCCAUGCGUUGGUCUGCGCGGAAAUCGCAGCAUCCAGGACGAGCGUCUUGUCGGUGCCUGUUUCUCUGCCGCCGUUCCAGACCAAGGCGGAGGCGCCACCAACUCGGAACCGAGUCCCCCGACGAGUCAGCCUGAUGUGCCGUCUGUGGCCAUCCCGGAGGCCGGAUUGACGGACACGGAGCUGCAGGAGGACGCGGCCAUCGCUGGCACCAGCAUCCCCCUCGAGUUCGAUGAGGCGACGGGGAAGAGGAUCAUAUAUGGGGCGACUCGUCAAAACCUGAUUGUUGAUGCCCGGCCUGCUCUAAACUCAUACGCGAUGCAGGCCAUCGGCCUUGGCUCUGAGAACAUGGACUACUACAGGUUUGCCAAGAAAGUUUUUCUCAAUAUCGAGAAUAUCCACGUGAUGCGCGAGUCCCUGAACAAGGUCAUCGAGGCGGUCAAGGAUGCCGACGUCUCGCCCUUCCCGCCGAACAGGGAUCUGUUGGCCAAGAGUGGCUGGCUCAAGCAUAUAAACGGCAUCCUCGAGGGUUCGCACAUCAUCGCCAGGCAGGUGGGCAUAUACCACUCCAACGUCUUGAUACACUGCUCAGACGGCUGGGAUCGCACGAGCCAGCUCAGCGCCUUGUCGCAGAUCAUGUUGGAUCCCUACUACAGAACCCUGGAUGGAUUCAUGGUACUUGUCGAGAAGGACUGGUUGUCGUUCGGGCACAUGUUCCAAAAACGAUCGGGAUUUCUCAACCACGAAAAGUGGUUUGCCAUCCAAAACGAUGCCCUGGCGGGCUCUCGGAUCGAGCCUGGAGAGAACGACAACCGCAAUGAGGCGCUAGAGAGCGCCAUGGCUUCUGCCAAGCGCUUCUUCAAAAAGAACCUGAGCCAAGAAAAGGACGACUCGGAUGGAGAAGUUGGUGAUGAGUACAUGGCCCGACAGGCUACGGCACCCGUGCCCGAGGACCAAGCAACCCGGCCAAAAGAAAUAAGCCCCGUGUUCCAUCAGUUCUUGGAAGCCACCUACCAGCUCCUCCGGCAAAACCCGACACGGUUCGAGUACACAGAGCGUUUCCUACGUCGUCUGCUGUACCAUUUAUACUCGUGCCAAUAUGGCAGCUUCCUGUACAAUAACGAGCGGCAGCGGCGUGAGGCCAAGAUCCAUGAGCGCAGCUCAUCCGUCUGGAAUUACUUUCUUGCACGGCGCCAGGAGUUCACGAACCCUUCAUACAACCCCGUGGUUGACGACAAUGUUCGUGGGAAGGAGCGGAUUCUGUUCCCGCGUGCGGGCGAGGUCCGCUGGUGGCACCAGCUCUACUCAAGGCGGGAUGAAGAGAUGAACAGCCACCUGGACGAGGCGGCCACAGCGGCCGAGAAGGUGGCAGCCUACCAAGCCGCAUCCGGGGGCCCGAGCCCUCAGCCGAGUAUAGCGCCGACAUCUCCCAAGCCACAUAUGAGUCCGCUGGCGGGGCCGCCAGGGGCUCCCACCAGCGACAGCAUGUCUGCAUUGAUGGGGGCCGAAAGCGCACACUUAGCCCUGACUCCGGAACCAGGGCCGACGACGCUGAUGCGCAGCUCCUCGGCUUCAGCAACCGAGACGAGUACCUUUGCAACUUUGCAGGACGGUAUAAGCAGCUUAAAGCUGGGCGAAAGCUUCAAGGGCGUUCUCGGGGGCCUAGGAGUCACGGGCGGUGCUCCUGGCCGCAACGGUGGCGCGUCCAGCGAGCUGGGAGCUCCAGGUGACGCAACAUCCACGACUGUGCUUCCUGGGGAUUCCAACAGUCGACCGGCAUCGGCACAAAGAGGUAAUGGCGACGCUGGACAGGAGAUGACUGAGCUCUCCUAAGGCACGAGGACGAGGGGUUAUCUUCGUCUUGUUUUCUUUACUACGUUGUAUCAAACACAAACAUCUUGCCACGGAACUCGAUUGGUUUCCGUGAGAUAAUGCAGACGGCACAGCGAUGUCUUGUCACUCCCGUGCGAGGGAGUGUACCCCCAGCUUGUAAUUGCGCCGAUAAUUCAGUCAUAGCGAUGCUUUCAAAGUUUAUGGGCUCUGACGCUCGAGAUUUGUCUUUACGUUCUUUGUGUGACUACGGUCGUUUCCACGCCGCCGGCUUGGGUCGGAUAUAAAGCAUGCCCAUCCUCGG